UCUGAUUCACCUCACAGUUACUGGAGCUCACCGUGUGCAAACAGUAGAGCAAGCUUCUCCUGCAUCAUCUGUUUCUGUACAGUCCCUCUUCCAAAGCAAUGCGUCUCUACCAAAACAUACAGGUAGCACAAAAAACUGGUCUCAGAAACAAAAGAACAGACAGAGCGCAGUGCUGGAUGAGCCCACCUCACCAGGUGAUUGAAAAUCAACAACAGAAGGAAGAUGACCUCAUCAAACCACAAAAGCUGAUAAAUCCCAUCCUGGCCUCCCUCCAACGGAGAGCUCUUCAUCAGGAGCUGCUAUUCUGCCACAGACAAGGAAUGUUGCCACGAAAGAAGCCAGAGUUGGAACGUGUGCUUGAAAGCAAAAACAGAGAGCAGCUCAAGAAAAGGGAGCUGGCUCUUCAACCUUGCUCCGACUUAGAAGUGAAACUGCGCAGAAGACAGCAGAGAAUACAACUUUAUGAGCUGGAGAACUGGCGUGAAGGCUUGAAGAAUGUGCCGUUUGUUCGUGUGAGACAAUCCCUAAAGCAUGUCCCACAUUUUUCUUAAUGUGUACCAAAGAGGGAAAUAAAAAAAAUCUGUGAAAAUGUUGUUUCAGCUAAAAGGAGCAUCAUAAUUUAUUGUAAAACAUCAAUGAAUUGUCUAUACCCGCUUGUAAGUGCAGGGUUAUGGUGGGAGUCUAUCUCUAGCAGUCACUGGGUGAGAGGUACAACCUAAGUCAUGUUUGGAAACAGUCACUGUCUGUGGGAGAAAGUCAGAGUACCCAGAGAGAACCCUCACAUGCACGGGGAGAACAUGCAAGCUCCAUGCAAAAAGACCUCAGGCUGGGAUUUGAGCCCAGGACCUUCUUGCUGCAAGGCAACAGUGCUACCAACGGCCCCACCAUGCUGCCUUACUGGAACAGUGUCUUUUAGCUAUGGUAUUGCUAACAAGGUGAUUCAUCUUAAAGAAAACGAAUCCAUAUGAAACAUUUCAUGUACAAUGAACAGUUUACUGAAGGCUUUAAGUUUCAGCAUGUAGUUGUUUCAUUAUGUUCUCAGGAGCAAUUCAGCCUUUUCUUGAAACUUUAAAGACAAAGUGCUGUGAAAAAGUAUUUGCCCACACCUGACCCCCACUAAAAUCAUUACUUAACUGAUUCACAGUUUUUGUAACCGAGUUCAAUUUCACUUGCUAUUCCUAGGCCUGGUUACUACCAGACCUGUCGAAUCAAGGAAAUGUUAAAACAACCUGGCUGACAACAUGAAGCAGGCUAAGGUAUCUUUAAAAGCAAUGGAGAAAGCAUGGGACAGUGGUGAAUGUUCCCAGGAGUGGCUGACACACUAAAAAUAACUCGGACAUAUCCAGGAAGUCACAAAGAACCCAGAACAGAUCUGAAGCACUGCAGGCCUCACCUGGCUUAGUUAGGGUCAGUGUUCAUGAUUCAAUAAAAGGAGACUGGGCAAAAACUCUUUAAAAGAUUACCAAAGUAAAUUUCAAAUGACAAAAACACAUUUCCGUUUUUUAAUAAAACAUUUAGGGUGAAUGAUCACAUGUGAAAGCAAUCAGAAAAACCUCAGUAGAUUAAAACUGACCCAGAAUCUUCUCCAAGAAUGCUGAGGACAGAAUUACGGCAUCAUUCACCAAAAUGCAACUUGAAAAUUAGCUUAAACGUUAAUCUUUUUACAGAUUUUCUUGAUUUCUUUGAGGAUAAAACAUAUAAGACGAUUUCCCCAAGCUUAAGCCCGACAAAUCUGGUCACCAGAGGAAGUUGCAUCACAUGGAACGAAGCUGUUUUGUACAUUUUGAAAAGUAUUAAGACAUUACAGACAUAAAAAAAGAAAAUGGAGAGUUUAUGGUAAAGAUAGUCACAUUAGAGAAACAUUACGGGAUAUUACAGGACUUUAAAUGUAAGUCAAACAAAAAAAGGGGAAAAAGUGCAAGGUGUGCUGCUAACAAACAUUCACAAGUAGCACAAUAAGUACACUGACCCCUACUGUACAUAAAACCCUCUCGUACUGCAAGGACGGCCUUUUCAACACAUUAUUUUCAAACAUUUUCUUUUGCACAAUUUUUGCACCAUUAAAACAAAACCUUGUUUACCACGGUUCGUAAACAAGUUCUUAAAAAUAAAACAUUUCCCGUCCCUUAUCUCUGUUCGUUCAGUCCAACACGUUCCGAAGUAACAUCCACUGCACUUAAGUCCAUACUGAGGUGCUGUGUUUGCUACAGAAUAAGUUAAUAAUAAAUAAAUCACAAAAACAGUUGCUUUCACAAAAAAUAAAAAGGCGGGAAAAAAAAAGCCAAUACGGUAGGGUAAACUGCGGGUUUCCCUGUACGACAAUACUAAGAGGACCUUUAAAUGUUUCCCACGAAGGUUCAGCAGAUGAAGCACAUACAGAUUUAGGUUACCGAGGUUGUAAACUGGAGAUCACAGGUUCAAGCAGUUAACAACUCAAAAAGCAACAGGACUGACAUUGACUGUUGAGUCAGGAGGCGAGGCCUAAAAUAGGGCAAACCUACAAACUUUAGGUUCUAAAAUUUCGGUGACUACAC